GGGGCCUGAGCUGGAGAGGGGGCCCAGGCUGAGAAGAGAUGGGGGCGUGUCCGCAGGGUGGGAUCACCUAGGGCUUGGGAGUAGCUGGCAGCAUCUCCUCCCCCACCAGGAGGCCCAGCGAGCACUGCCAUGGCGCUGGCCAGGCCUGGGGCCCCGGCGUCCAGGCCCCUGGCCGCUCUCCUGCUGCUGCCGCUGCUCUUGGCUCCUGCCCUCACCCUCCUGGGUGGAACAAUGCCUUCGGAGACCCCAGGUGUCUGUGCCUCGGACCCGUGCAUGCCAGGGGCCGAGUGCCAGGCUCUGGAGAACGGCAGCUACACCUGUGAGCCCACGGAGCCCCGUGGCUGUGCCACCCAACCAUGCCACCACGGUGCUCUGUGUGUGCCCCAGGGUCCAGAACCCAGUGGCUUUCGCUGUUACUGCGUGCCAGGCUUCCAGGGCCCACGCUGUGAGCUGGACAUCGACGAGUGUGCAUCCCGGCCCUGCCACCACGGGGCCACCUGCCACAACCUGGCUGAUCGCUACGAGUGCCGCUGUCCCCUUGGCUAUGCGGGGGUGACCUGCGAGGUGGAGGUGGACGAGUGUGCCUCGUCGCCCUGCCUGCACGGGGGCUCGUGCCUGGACGGCGUGGGCUCCUACCGCUGUGUGUGCGCCCCGGGCUACGGGGGCGCCAGCUGCCAGCUGGACCUGGACGAGUGCCAGAGCCGGCCCUGCGCGCACGGGGGCGAGUGCCACGACCUGGUCAACGGGUUCCGGUGCAGCUGCGCGGACACGGGCUACGAGGGGGCGCGCUGCGAGCAGGAGGUGCUGGAGUGCGCGUCCCAGCCCUGCGCCAACAACGCCUCCUGCCUCGACGGUCUCGCGAGCUUCCGCUGCCUCUGCUGGCCAGGCUACAGCGGGCUGCAGUGCGAGGUGGACGAGGACGAGUGCGCGUCGAGCCCCUGUCAGCACGGGGGGCAGUGCCUGCAGCGCUCGGACCCGGCCCUGUACGGAGGCCUCCAGGCCACCUUUCCCGGCGCCUUCAGCUUCCGCAGCGCUGCCGGCUUCCUGUGCCGCUGCCCGCCGGGCUUUGAGGGGGACGAAUGUGGCGUGGAUGUGGACGAGUGCGCCUCACGGCCAUGCCUCAACAAAGGCCGCUGCCAGGACCUGCCCAAUGGCUUCCAGUGCCACUGUCCAGAUGGCUACACAGGCCUGGCGUGUCAGGAAGAUGUGGACGAAUGCCUGUCGGAGCCCUGCCUCCAUGGGGGGACCUGUGAGGACACCGUGGCGGGCUACAUCUGCCGGUGCCCGGACGCCUGGGGUGGGCGUGACUGUUCCGUGCAGCUCACUGGCUGCCAGGGCCACACUUGCCCACCGGGUGCCACCUGCAUCCCCACCCUCAAGGCUGGGGUCCACGGUUAUGCCUGCCACUGCCCGCCGGGGACCCACGGAGCCUUUUGUGGCCAGAACACCACCUUCUCUGUGGUGGCUGGGAGCCCCGUGCAGGCCUCGUUGCCAGCUGGCGGCCCCUUGGGUCUGGCACUGAGGUUUCGCACCACACUACCUGCUGGGGCCCUGGCCACUCGCACGGACAGCCAGGACAGCUUGGAGCUGGCGCUGAUGGGGGGCACACUUCGGGCCACACUCUGGAGCCACAGCAACACCACCGUGCUUACCUUGAGGCUCCCGGACGUGGCUCUGAAUGAUGGCCACUGGCACCAGGUGGAGGCUUCGCUGCGCCCAGGGGUCCUGGAGCUGCGGCUCUGGCACAAGGACUGCCCUGCCCAGCUCUGUGUGGCCUCAGGGCCUGUGACCCCGGCUCCCAUGGCCUCCGAAGCCCCGAUACCUGCCAGCUUCUGCUCCGCCCAGCUGGGUGGCACAGCCUUCGAAGGCUGCCUCCAGGAUGUGCACGUGGACGGGUCCCUCCUGUUGCCUGAGGAUCUCGGCAAGAACGUGCUCCUGGGCUGUGAGCACCGUGAGCAGUGUCAGCCUCCACCCUGUGCCCACGGAGGGGCCUGCGUGGACAUGUGGACUCGCUUCCAUUGCAAAUGCCCCCGGCCCUAUACUGGUCCCACCUGUGCUGAUGAGGUUCCCGCUGCCACCUUUGGCUUGCGGGGCACCCUGAGCGCUGCCUCCUUCUUGCUCCACCAGCUGCCAGGCCCCAACCUCACCGUGUCUUUUCUCCUCCGGACCCGGGAACCUGCUGGCCUUCUACUCCAGCUUGCCAACGACUCGGUAGCUGGGCUAACAGUAUUCCUGAGCAGGGGCCAGAUCCAGGCCGAGGUGCUGGGCAGUCCUACCCUGGUGCUCCCUGAGCGCUGGGAUGAUGGGCUCCGCCGCCUGGUGACGCUCAGCUUCGGGCCUGAGCAGCUGCAGGGCUUGGGGCAGCAGGUGCAUGUGGGUGGGAGGCCCCUCCCUGCUGACGCCCAGCCCUGGGGUGGGCCCUUCCGAGGCUGCCUCCAGGACCUGAGACUCAAUGACCUCCACCUCCCGUUCUUUCCGCCGCUGCUGGGGAACUCAAGCCAGCCCAGCAAGCUGGGCAGUGGGCAGUCCUGGAACCUCACCAUGGGCUGCGUCUCCGAGGACACCUGCAGUCCUGACCCGUGUCUCAAUGGUGGAACUUGUCUCGUCACCUGGAAUGAUUUCCACUGCACCUGCCCUGUCAACUUCACGGGGCCCACGUGUGCCCAGCCCCUGUGGUGUCCUGGCCAGCCCUGCCUCCCACCUGCCACCUGUGAAGAGGUCCCUGAUGGCUUUGUCUGUGUGGCCGAGGCCACGUUCCGCGAGGGCCCGGCCGCCGCCUUCAGCGGGCACAACGCGCCGUCGGGGCCGGGGCUCGGCGGCCUGUCGCUGGCCUUCCGCACGCGCGACCCCGAGGCCGGGCUGCUGCGCGCCACCGCGGGCGCCCACGGGGCCGUGUGGCUGGGGCUGCGCAACGGCUCGCUGGCGGCGGGUGUGCGCAGCGGCGGGGGCGCGGCCGGGGGCGGGGGCGCGGCCGGGGCGGUGCUGCCCGCGGGGGGGCCGCGCGUGGCCGACGGCGCCUGGCACCGCGUGCGCCUGGCCAUGGAGCGCCCCGGGGCCGCCGCGUCGCGCUGGCUGCUCUGGCUGGACGGCGCCCCGACGCCCGUGGCGCUGCGCGGCCUGGCCGGGGACCUGGGCUUCCUGCGCGGCCCCCGCGCCGCCCCGGUGCUGCUGGCCGAGAACUUCACCGGCUGCCUGGGCCGCGUGGCGCUCGGCGGCCUCCCCCUGCCCCUGGCGCGGCCCCGGCCCGGCGCGGCGCGCGGCUCCCGCGAGCACUUCUCGGCCUGGCCCGGGCUGCCCGCCCCCCGCCUCGGCUGCCGCGGCGCGCGCGUGUGCGCCCCCUCGCCCUGCCUGCACGGCGGCCGCUGCCGAGACCUCUUCGACAGCUUCGCCUGCGACUGCGGCCCCGGCUGGGGGGGCCCGCGCUGCGAGGCCCGCGCCGACCCCUGCCGCCCCGCGCCCUGUGCCCGCGGCCGCUGCCACGCGCGCCCCGACGGCCGCUUCGAGUGCCGCUGCUCGCCCGCCUCCGGCUCCGGCUCCGGCUCCGGCUCCGGCUCCGCGGGCCCAGGCUGCAGGCGGCCUGUCCUGCCAGAGGAAUGCAGCCUGAACGUCACCUGCCUCAUUAGUGGCCCCUGUGAUGGGCCCCAGGGUGCCAACUGCAGCUGCCAGGAGGGCUUUGCUGGCCAGAGGUGCCAGACCCCCUGUGAGGCCAACCCCUGCUUGAAUGGAGGCACCUGCCGGGCUGCUGGUGGGCUCUUUGAGUGCAUCUGCAGUGCAAGGUUUUCGGGCCAGUUCUGUGAGGUGGUGAAAGGCCUGCCACUGCCUCUCCCGUUCCCGCUCUUGGAGGUUGUGGUGCCCGCGGCCUGCGCCUGCCUCUUGCUUCUCCUCUUGGGCCUCCUCUCAGGGAUACUGGCAGCCAGGAAGCGCCGUCAGUCAGAGGGCACCUAUAGCCCGAGCCAGCAGGAGGUGGCUGGGGCCCGGCUGGAAAUGGACAGUGUCCUCAAGGUGCCGCCGGAGGAGAGACUCAUCUAAGCCUGCCUGGCCGUUGCCCCAGCACCUGUGAGGUCCCAGCUGAUCUCCACCUGAGGACCAAAGAGGCUGCUUCUGAGGCCAGCCUCUUCCUGCAGCAGCAGGGCCCAGGCCGUCUGCUGGCAGCCCCCACCUCUGCCCCACUGUGGACAGGAGAAGGGGGGCACUCAGGGAAGCAGAUAGGGGCCUGGACAGGCCGUGGACUUCACCGGGGGACCCACUGUGCAGGGGAGGGGCACACAGUGCGUGUGAGCGUGGACCUGGGGGCUGCGGGCCUGCAGAUAGCAGUGGAGCAUUCUGGAUGGGGCCGGUGGGCGUGUCCGUGUCUGCUGUGCCUGCACAUGAUGGUGUGGUGGGUGCGGGCGAUACCCUGGAGGGGCCACUGGGCUCUGGGGAUGGGCUUUCCCAGCCCCGGGGCAGGGGCAGCGUGUGCUCCCCAGGAGGCCAGGCCAGGCCAAGGCCCCAGUGACCCAGGCCUCAGCCCCGGCGUCCUCCUAACCCUGGAGGCUGCUGGAAACUGGGGGUGGGGGUGGGGUGUCGUCAGCUAGUGACCCCUGGUUCCCAGGACAGAUGCUUCUUCAGGGAGAUGUCUCUGCCUGUGCCAGGGGCCGGAAGCGCAGGAGCAGAGGGCCAGCUGCCUGAGAUGUCACGCCCUGCCGCGGGGUUUCUCUGGGGAGAGCAGCCUCUGCCUCCGUCACGGGGCUGUGGUGAGGGUCUGCGAUGAUGGGAAAGCGCCCCAGAUGGACACUGUGUGCCGCUGGGCUCUGUGGGUCACCCUGUUGGUUUUCAGGAAGAGCUGUCAGCUGGGAGCGAGGCACGUGGGGGAGGGGCCUUUCCUGUGGCCAGGAGGCCCAGGAUAAGGGAGCAGACUUUCCGGCCCUGGCCCCCAACCCCCUCUGGUCCUCCAGGACCAGUGCUCCCAUCCCAGCUGCCCGAGGAGGCCACUCCUCCACCCACAGACCAGUGGCCUCUCUCAGUGGCUGCCUACGUGGCAGGGGGUGAGGGAGGUGGGAUUCAGGACUCGCAGGAAGCCCUCAGAGUUGUUCGCUGGUUUCAGCAAAUGUAGGCGUCACCUCCUUGUGCCAGGGCUGGUCCUGCAGACACGGACACAGACACAGAUGCAGAGGAGGAACUGGCUUUGCUCCCAGCCCCUUCCCUGAAAAUGCCAUCCCGUUGACCCCAGAAGGGCAGUCCCCACUACCACCACCGAGUGCCCAGCCUCCUCCCAGCUUCAGGAAGCCCCUUCAUCCUUGACCUGGAGACAUGCCCGUCUGUCCUUCCUGCUUCCCAGGCCACCACCCCCUGUGCCAAGGCCAGGAGACCCCUGUUCACUUCUAGAUUGGCGGCUGACUUUACCUAGCUGCCCUCGGGGUCUCAGCCAGCUUCCAGAGGUCCAGGUGGCAAAUCUGAGGUAGAGCCAAGUGGUGACGGGGGGUGGGGUAAGGCAGCCUGAGUGUGGCUGAGACUGAGGGGUUCAGCUGAGGCUGGGAUAGGAAGUGCCCUGAACACUGGGUACGGGACUUGCUGAGGCCUCAUCCUGUAGGAAGUGGCACCUUUCUCCCAUUUCUCCAUCAUGACUCCUGGGAAAGUGGGGGAGGAAACAUCUGGUACCAGCAACUUAGCCACAGCUGGUGCCUUGGUUAUUUUUAUUAAAUCAGGGAUUUGGCAAACCUGUGUUCUUACAGACUCCUCUAAGACACAUGGAACCCCAAGAAAUAAAAGCGGUGCCACUUUUUUUGGGAGCCCUA